AUGUGCCUGGUGGAGCUGUGUGGGGACGUCACCCACUGGGAUGGGAAAGGGCCCCACGGGGAUGGUGACAUUUCCUACUGGGACUGGAUCAUGUCCCAUGGGACGAUCUUUGUCAACCGGAGCCUGGCGCUGGAGAAGAUCAAGUGCUUCGGCUUUGACAUGGACUACACCUUGGCCAUGUACAAGUCCCCCGACUAUGAAGAGCUGGCCUUCGCCCUGCUGCUGGAGCACCUCGUCUCCAUUGGGUACCCCCAUGAGAUCCUUGCCUACAAGUACGACCCCACCUUCCCCACCCGGGGGCUAGUGUUCGAUGCCCUGUAUGGGAACCUGCUGAAGGUGGACUCCCAUGGGAACCUGCUGGUCUGCGCUCACGGCUUCCGCUUCCUCAAGGGGACUGAAAUCCUCCACUAUUACCCCAACAAGUUCAUCCAGCGGGACGACAUGAAGCGCUUCCACAUUCUCAACACACUCUUCAACCUCACUGAGGCCCACCUCUAUGCCUGUCUCGUGGACUUCUUCACCAACUGCUCCAGAUACAUCAAGCCACUUACAUCGCUGACCCCUCCACCCGCCCCUGACGCCCGGCAGGCCAAGACCCCACAGCGUCCCUGGCGAUCCUAUUUUGACCUCAUUGUGGUGGACACCCGCAAACCCCUCUUCUUCGCCGAGGGCACCGUCCUGCGCCAAGUCAACACGGACACGGGGAAGCUGCGCAUCGGGACAUACACUGGUCCACUCCAGCACUGCGCCGUCUACUCCGGUGGCUCUUCGGACGUGGUGUGUGACCUGCUGGGCGUGAAGGGCAAAGACAUCCUCUACAUGGGGGACCACAUCUUUGGGGAUAUCCUCAAGUCCAAGAAGCGGCAGGGCUGGCGCACCUUCCUGGUGGUGCCUGAGCUGGCCCAGCUGUUUGAGGAGCUGCGGAGCCUGGACCUCUUCCUGGCGGAGCUGUACCAGCACUUGGACAGUGGCAGCAGCGAGCGCCCAGAUAUCAGCUCCAUCAAGCGUCGGAUCCAGAAAGUCACGCAUGAGAUGGACAUGUGCUAUGGGAAGAUGGGCAGCCUCUUCCGCUGCGGCUCACGCCAGACGCUUUUCGCCAACCAACUGAUGCGCUACGCCGACCUCUAUGCUGCUUCCUUCAUCAACUUCCUCUACUACCCCUUCAGCUACCUCUUCCGGGCACCCCCCGUCCUGAUGGCACACGAGUCGACGGUGGAGCAUGGCCGCUUGGACGCGGGGGAGGCAGGCACGGCCCUGGCACCCUGGCUGGCCCAGCAUGGCCACCCUGGCCAGCAGGUCAGCAGGGUGGCCCAGGACUCCAGCGGGGAGGAGGAGGAUGAUGGAGAAGCCUGA